AAGAUGCAUAUUCGCACAGUGGACCACGCGCUCGUCGCAGCGGACUGCCGCGAAGUCCAACAUCUCCAGGAAACCCUGCACCCAACCUCGCGUUCCAAGCGCUUCAACACUGCGCAACACGCGCACCAAGAUAUCGUUCCUGUCGUUCCCGAAACUGACGCUUUCACGCACGAGCAGCCACCCUGGACAGCAUACGGCUAUGUGAUGUGGCAGCCACUCAUUUCACGGAGCCAGAAUAUGCGCGAAUCGCACGUAAUCCGAAUACCAGGAUCUCUGUACGAAGACCUGAUGCGCUGCCAUACUGCCUGGAUAGCCACGAACCGAUUCCCGCCGGAGCUCAUCGAGGAAACGAUAUUCAUGUGGCAAAGCACGAAGCGUGGAAGAGACCUCGCAAAGCUACUUGACGGCAAGAAGAAGUGGUUUGUAAGGCUCGACCAGAUGAGUCCCAAGGACAGCCCGUUCGGCGGCAAGCAACCGAGUUGCACAUUCGAAGACGUCGUCGUCAAGCUGUGCAGCAGCAUGCGCGCGUGGAACUGUCUGCAAAGCGAGCGCUCAGAUGCCGAGACACAGGGCAGAGAGCUGAAGAUGGAGUUGGUUCUGAACCCGUGGGACGAGCACAUGGAUCCUGGAAGGGAGUUCAGAGUCUUCGUUCCGCCGCCUGCUACAAGAGGCGCGAGCGCCUACAAUUGGCCCGCUCCUUUUGCCUUCGAUUUGGCACUGCAACACGACAGGACUGUGCAAUUGGUCGAAUUGAAUCCGUUCGGCGCGCUCAGCGCAUGCGGAUCCUGCUUGUUCAAUUGGAUUACGGAUGGGAGGGUAUUAUAUGGGCUGGAGAAGAAUGUUGAGUUUGCUAUCACACUGAGUGCGUAUGACAGCCAAGGAUAAAAAGAUAAUGUUGGUCGGUUGACGGUGAAGGGUGAAUGAGAUAGAGGGUAGAAGAGGUUUGUAAUUAGUGGUAACGGAUGGCCAUUCGAAGGCCAUUCGAGUGGUGAAAGGAUGGGCAGUGAGAGAAGGUUGCGUGCCGCCAAAUUUUACACGGUGAAGCCUGUUUGGUUUCUUCUUUCACUUGUGUUGUUGCCUGGCACAGCUAUAACUUGCGCAGGUUCCAGCUUGCGCAGGUUCUUCCUUUUUUCGCAACCUUCAUCAUCUUCUUCCGCCCACCAAAUCGCAACGCGCAACUCAGUGC